AUGCCUAAAAGUAAAACUUUUACUGAAACAUUAAUAUAUUUAUUAAACCACUUUAACAAAUGUAUGAUGAAUCAUACAUACAAUAGUGAUUGUAAUUAUUUUCAAUGUUAUUUGAAGAUGGUUGCCAAUGGUGAUACUCCAAUACCUGAUGAUGAAAAACUUAGAAUUGUAUCCGAUUUUAUCUUACAUUCUCCCCCGGGAGAAUUCAAUGAAGUAUUUAACGAUGUUAGAGUACUUUUAAAUAAUGAUAAAUUAUUAAAAGAAGGAGCAUCUGGAGCACUUUCACAAUAUAAUAAAGAUCAAUUGACUCCAGUUAAAAUAGAAAAUGUCGGUCAUUAUUGCUUAAUCACAGAAUACAAUGAUCUUACUGGAUCGAGAUUUUACGAUCCGAGAUCUAAACAAAGUUUUAAAUAUGAUCAUUUAAGAAAGGAAGCAUCGGAUUUUCAAAGUUGCGAACCUGAUGUGACAUCUGAAUCAUGGAGAAGUGCGCUUGAAGAAAAAUUUUUGGCCUAUACAAGCAAUCAUUAUAAACAUGGAGUGAGCUGCGUUUUUGGCAAAAGUCAAGGAAAUGAAAUAACAUUAAUCGCAUGCAUUGAAGAUCAUCAAUUUCAACCGAAAAAUUUUUGGAACGGAAGGUGGAGAUCGCAAUUUAAUAUCACAUUUAGUCCAGAUUCUUCCUCGACAGCUGAACUGAGGGGUUUGCUCAAAGUUCAAGUACAUUAUUAUGAGGAUGGAAAUGUUCAAUUGGUCAGUUCGAAAGACAUUAAAGAAUCUGUAACAGUAUCGGAUGAGCAACAAACGGCUAAAGAUAUUAUUAAAAUUGUCGAACAAGCUGAAAAUGAAUAUCAAAUUGCUAUUUCUGAAAAUUAUCAAACAAUGUCAGAUACAACAUUCAAAGCUUUAAGAAGGCAGUUACCAGUGACAAGAUCAAAACUAGAUUGGAAUAAUCUUGUUACUUAUGCAGUCGGAAAAGAACUUAUUAAAAAUCAAUGA